AUGAAAACUUACUUAAAAGCUUUGAGUUUAUGGGAUGUGGUAGAAAAUGAUGAUCCUCCCUCCACUCUUCCAAACAAUCCCACCGUAGCCCAAACAAAAAAAUAUGAAGAAGAUAUGGCAAAGAGGCCAAGGACACUCUCUUGCUUACAUUCGGCAUUGUCGGAAGGGAUUUUCACACUUAUAAUGGCAUGUGAAACUCCUAAAGAGGCGUGGGAAAAGCUUGAGGAGGAAUUUGAAGGCAAUAGUCAAACCAAGUUGAUGCAAAUUUUAAAUCUCAAAAGGGAAUUUGAGAUGCUAAGCAUGAAAAAAUCCGAAGGUGCCAAGGAGUACGAAAACCGAAUGAUGGCUAUUGUCAAUCAAAUAAAACUCCCCGGUGGUGAUUCUUCAAGUCAAAGAGUAGUAGACAAGCUCCUUGUAACUCUUCCGGAUAGGUAUGAAACAAAAAUUUCUACUCUUGAAGACUCAAAAAAUCUGUCUACUUUAACUUUUGGAGAGUUGAUCAAUGCACUCCAUGCUGUUGAUCAAAUAAGGCAAAUGAGAGGAGAAAAUGAUGACUCAACCAAAGGUGAAGAAGCUUUUUUGGCCAAAACUUCUUAUUCUAAGGGGAAAGGCAAAAUUCCUCAAUGUGGUGUAUGUAAGAAGCUCGGUCAUGAGGAAAAUCAAUGCUGGCAUAAGGGAAAAACACAAUGUUUUAAGUGCAAAUGA